GUCGCUUCCAGAGAGUUCCAACCUCCUUCAUUAAGUCCGUUUUAGUAGUGAACUUCACCUCCCAGCUGCAUUUUUUAAUUUUUUUUUUUUACAAUUUUCACUGACCACUUAAUUCAACAUUAAAUUGGUCGUAAUUUUUUUUUUCCUGAACAGUUUGCAACACCAUUCCAGUUGAGUGCACGUUUUUCCCAAUCCUUUUGAACGGACUCAAUCAUCCGGCGUGUUCCGUGACCUGUAAAAUUAGCAUCUCUCUUCCAUCAGUCCAUCAUCACAAAGGCCUGAGACGUUCCGUGUAACGCAUUGUUGGAAAGGCAAUUUUUAACCAUGACUUUGAAUGUACCGGGUCUGGUGGUGAUGGCAGCCUUCUACCUGCUGAUCCUGGGAACAGGCAUUUGGGCUUCUAUGCGUUCCAAGAAGGAGGAGAAAAAGUGGAAAGGAGAUGGACUAGAGAUUACACUACUUGCUGGACGGAAAAUCAACUUGCUUGUGGGUGUCUUCACUCUUACAGCCACAUGGGUAGGAGGAGGGUUUAUCCUGGGUAUAGCUGAAGCAACAUACAACCCGACAUUAGGAGCAGUGUGGGCUCUUAUGCCGGUGCCUUACGUUGUUACAUUCUUCUUAGGUGGCUUUUUCUUUGCAAAACCUAUGAGAGAGAACAAGUAUGUGACAAUGAUGGACCCAUUCCAGAAGAAGUAUGGGAACUUUGUGAGCAAUGCUCUAAUUCUUCCUGCUCUUGUUGCUGAUGUGCUGUGGGUGGCACGCACACUUGUCAGCCUGGGUGGAACAAUGAAAGUGAUCCUGGACCUUUCUUACGCCUAUUCCAUUAUCAUCUCUGCCGUGGUUGCAAUUGUCUACACACUCUUAGGAGGGCUUUACUCUGUGGCUUACACAGAUGUGAUCCAGCUCAUCCUCAUCUUUAUCAGCCUGUGGGUGUGUAUUCCUUUCCUGUGUACCAACCCUCACUCUUUGGACAUCUCGCAAACUGCAUACACCAGUGUUUACCAGGCCCCCUGGGUCGGCACAGUGAAAUUGGAUGAAGCUGGCAAGUGGUUUGAUGACUUCAUGCUGCUGGCUCUUGGUGGUUUGGCCUACCAAGCUUUCUACCAGAGGAUCCUGUCAGCCUCAUCUUACACCCAGGCUCAAGUGACAUGCUUUGCAUCAGCAGCCUUCUGCCUGGUGCUGGGUAUCCCCUCUGUGUUGGUGGGAGCUGUGGCAGCAUCUACUGAUUGGAACUCGACAGCCUAUGGACUGCCAACUCCGUAUGACAAAGGCGAAGUAGGUUCAAUCCUCCCUAUUGCACUGCAAUUCCUCACGCCCACCUACGUGUCCAUCAUCGGUAUCGGCGCUGUUGCUGCUGCUGUCAUGUCUUCGAUGGACUCAGCCCUGUUGUCCUCUGCAUCGCUGUUCUCCUCCAACAUCUACAAGAACAUCAUCAGGAAGCAGGCAUCAGACCGUGAGAUGCAGUGGGUGAUUCGUAUCUCGGUGGUGGUUGUCGGUCUCGCUGGCACAGGUCUCACCUUCUUGGAUAGCAGUGUGCUGGUCUUCUGGCUUGUGGGUGUGGACAUGUCAUACACCAUCAUGUUCCCUCAGCUGGUCUGCGUCCUCUUCUUCAAGAUCUCUAAUGGCUACGGCGCUACUGUAGGCUUCUUAAUGGGAAUUACCAUGAGGGUCAUGAGCGGCGAGCCCCUCGUCGGCCUCCCACCCGUCAUCCACUUCCCUGGUCUCCGGAAGAAUGCAGAGGGAAAGUUGACCCAAUUCUUCCCCUUCCGCACUGUGAUCAUGGUCUCCUCGCUGAUCAGUAUCCUGCUCGUCUCAUGGGUUACAGCCACGCUUUUCAACAGUGGUCUUUUGCCCGACAAGCUGGAUGUGUACAAGGUCAAAAACAAGGAAAACAGUCUUGCAGAAGAGAGGAACACUGAAGAUAACGAAGAGGGCACAGUAUCCAAGCAGCUACUGGAGACCACCAGCUGCUGAGGAGCCUACCAGGCAAAACCUGACGUGACAGGAGCUCGACAUGCUUUUCUGCUCAUUGGGAGUUCGCGGCCAGCCAUUGACAACAGGGGCUUAACAUUGUCAAUAGAAACUGGACAGAAGCUGUGAAUUUGUAUCACAUACUGUACAGGGCAACAUUGGCAACAUGUCUCCUGAACCCCUUAGCACCUGUCUUUAAUUUUUUUCUUUAAUCAGCUUCCUUCUAAAAUCAAAUAAGCAAUUGAAAGUGACAUCUUAGUUUGUGUAUGAUAGCUAACUACUCAUAAACCAGUAUAGCAUUUAAUGUGAUUUAUUAAAAAUGUCCAAUAAUUACUGAGCCUUGUUUUCAGCUAAUCACACAUCUUUGCAUUGGACAGAAGGAGCACAGCCUUUUAAAAUGAUUUCCAUUUGGAAAAGAGUUUAUAAAAUGUUUUAUGUGUAUUACGGAUUUUGGAUUUGUACAGAUUUGUAGAAAUAUAUUCUAUCACACUAGCAAGUAUACUUCCUUUUUGGAUUUAAAUGUAGUCCCGAGACUUAACUGCGCAUGCAACACUUUUUGACCAUCUCUAAAAAAAAAAAAAAAAAGGAAAGGAA